UUUAUUUCUUCAAUAAAAUGAAUUAUUCUAACUACUCUGAAAAACAUAGAAGGAGUGUGUCCCCAAUAUUGAAGACUACUAGCGAGGAUAGGAAAAUGCUCCAUCAUAAUAAAGAAAAUUACAUUUAGUAUCUUGAGUAGCAAUUAGAAAAAGUAUAAGUAUUUUUAAUCAAUAGACAGCAACUAUGGUUCAUAAAAAAUAUGAAUAGAGAAUGAGAGGAAUAGAAUAAUUGAUUGAGGAUCAUGAUGAAAAACUGAAGAACUUUAUCAAAUUAAUAAAAUUAUUGUAAAAUUUUGCAGAAACCUAAGAAUAAGAAAAUACUAAGAUUACUAGACAUAUAAAUACAAAAAUGGAAGAGUUGUAUCAUAAUGAAUUAAGAAAUAUUAAUGAAUAAUUACAUGAAUCACAAUAUCGAUUAGAAUUAUUGGAAGCAACUCAAUUAAAGGAAUAAUAACCUGUUUUUGAAGAUUUCGAGAAAUCUAUAAAUCGUAAAAUCGAUCUUAUGAUGAGUGAGAUUAGAUAAAGUGCAUUAAAAGUAGAUUAUUAGAAAUUAGAAUAACGAAUAGCUAAGCUUGAAACUUAAACAGAUACAGAAGUUAAGAUUUAAGAUACUGAAAGAUUGCAUCAUGAUAAGAUAGUUGAAUAAUAAUUAAGUGAUUUAAAAUCACUUAUGGAUAAUUUACUUAAAGAUCAAGAUGUCUUAAAAAAUAAUGUUUAAAAUAUACAUAUUGACUUAAAUCAACUAAAAAAUUUAUCUUAAACUUAACCAUAAAGAUAAUCAAGAAAAUCAAUAGCUUAAUAAUCUGAAGGUGAAUCGAUAAUGAAACCAAAGUUAUCAGCUAAAGAUAAUAUUAAAACAGAAAAGAAAAAUUAAAGUAAAAAAUCACUUAGUCAAUCAUAAUCUCAUAAGAAACCUAUUGAUAAAAAAAAUUAAAAACUGAAUUAGACUAAAACUAAUAAGCAUAGAUUACAUUCGAAGAAUUGA